AUGGAGAUGGCCGUGAGCCAGGGGCGGAUCUGUUACGUGGGGCCCAGCGCCGAUCACACCCGCGGCGACGAGACCCGGGUCAUCGACGCCCGGGGCCGGUGGAUCGCGCCCGGAUUCAUCGACGCCCACACCCACAUCGGCCACUUCUGCCGCCCUUUCGAACUGCUGCAGGCCUACGCGCCCCACGGCACCACCGCGCUCAUGGCCUCCUGCGACGAGCACACCGUGGCCUUCGGCCUCACCGGCAUGCGGCUCUUCCUGGACGAGGUCGCGUCCCACCCGUUGCGGGUCUACACCCUGAUCUCCAUGGCGGCGCCCCAGGAUCCGCUGUUGUGCCGCACGGAGUCCCUCUCGGACCAGGAGGUGGCGGAGGCCCUGCGCGACCCCCGGGUGCUGGGGCUCGGCGAGGUGGUGUCAUGGCUCCGGCUGGUGCAGGGCGACCCCGACCUGCUGGCGCGCAUCGAGAUGACCCUGGGCCAGGGCAAGAUCGUCCACGGGCACACCGCUGGCGCCCGGGACCGCCGGCUCAACGCCAUCGCCGCGGCCUCCGUGUCAUCGUGCCACGAGCCUAUCAGCGGCGAGGACGCCCUGGCGCGCCUGCGGCUCGGCUACUGGACCAUGCUGCGCGAGGGCUCCUUCCGGCAGGACCUCGAAGCCACCCUCAAGCCGCUACUGGCCGCGGGCGUGGACACCGGCCGGUUGAUCCUGGUCACCGACGGCAUGGCCCCAGACGACGUGGCCGAGCACGGCCACAUGGACCACGUGAUCCGCCGCGCCGUGGAGUGCGGGCUGAGCCCCGUGCGUGCCAUCCAGGCGGUUACGCUACACCCGGCCAUGUACUCCGGCCUCGAACAGGACAUCGGCGGCCUGGCGCCAGGCCGGUUUGCGGACUUCGUCCUGCUGGACGACCUGGACACCGUUCGGGUGGGACGCCACCUUCAUCGGCGGCGAGUUGGUGGCCGAGGACGGCGAGUCGAAGGUGGAUGUCGUUCCGCCGCCCUUCCCGGGAGACAUGGGGCUCAAGACCGCCUUCCGCCUGCCCGGUGUCGGCCGAGGACAUGA